UCCCGCUUAAGGAGGAAGAGGUUUCGGUUGGAGCAUGAUGGCCGCCUGCGAGGCGGUGGCAGCAUCAGCGACUCUGGCUACAGCGACAGAAAGGGCCGAAGAGGCGGCGAAAGCAGCCACCACGGGGACGGCCGCAUCAGCGGCGGCCUCAGCCAAGGCCGCGGUACCGUCUGCUGGAGGCACGACGGUGAAGGAAGCAGCGGCAGCCGUGACCGAGACGGCAGCGGCUGUGACCACCACAACGGCCGCGAUGGGAGGUGCGGGAGCCGCCCGAUCUGCAGCGGCCGCCAAACUGCUGUCCCUGAGCGGCGUGUUCGCCGUGUACAAGCCCAAGGGCCCCACGUCGGCCGAGCUACUGAACCAGCUGAAGGAGAAGCUCCUGGCAGGUAGCGCAGCCGGGGCUCGGGCGAGGCGAGGCGAGGCGGCGGCAGCAAAGUAUAUUGCUACUGGAGAAUUGGGGAAAGCUACUGAUACACUGGAUUCAACAGGGAAAAUUACAGAAGAAAAACCUUACGAUCAGAUAAAGCAAGAAGAUAUUGAAGGUAUUCUCCAGAAAUUCACAGGAAAUAUAAUGCAAGUACCCCCUCUCUAUUCUGCUUUAAAGAAAGAUGGACAGAGACUUUCAACUUUGAUGAAGAAAGGUGAAGUAGUAGAGGCAAAACCUGCCAGACCAGUCACAGUUUAUAGCCUCUCCCUUCAAAAAUUCCAGCCACCUUUAUUUACAUUAGAUGUUGAAUGCGGAGGAGGUUUUUAUAUCAGAAGCUUGGUCAGUGACAUUGGCAAAGAACUUUCUUCCUGUGCCACUGUGCAAGAACUGACCCGAACUAAACAGGGACCAUUUACACUAGAGGAGCAUGCCCUUCGAGAAGACAAAUGGACAAUUGAUGGAAUAGCACAAUCCUUAGAGCACUGCAUGCCUCUUCUCUCAGUAGAACCUUCUGUUAAAAAAUUAAAAACUGAAGAUUCUAAAGUACAAGCUGUGAGCUCUGAAGAUAAAACAAGUCAGGUUAAGGAAAAAGAUGGAGUGAUUGGAACAUCUUAAGAUUGGACUGGGAUUGUUAUGUUUUCCUAGUUGAAUUUAUAUUCUUUUGUGUGCAAAAAUGACAAGCUGCAUUGUGAAAAAAAAGAAAGAAAGAAUUUUCUCUCUGCAUGGAGAAAAAGUCCAUAACUUCUUAUUUCUACAACAUGCUAUUCAUCUGAUACAUUGUAUUAUAAAUGGGUUUGUCAGUACUCUGAAUUCUUUGCUGUAUUCUAAAGGAACUUUUAGAAUGUUUUUGUGUU